UGUCUACAACUUAUAUUGGACGCCAUGUUUUUCGGCUUUGAAUUCGUUAUUCUCACGUUUUUACUGUAACAUUGGAAGGAAUUCAUCUAAUCUGCUGCAAAAUGUCGGAGAAAAUAACAACAAAGGUGAUUCAAAUCACCAACAUUGCGCCCAAUGCCACCAAAGACCAGAUGAAAACGUUGUUUGGGUACCUUGGACGCAUUGAUGAAUGUAAAAUGUAUCCUUCGAAUGAAUUACCUGAAGGUGACACCUCUACCAAAGUGUGCUAUGUGAAGUAUGAUGAUUCGGUGAGCAGUGGCAUUGCUCUUCACUUGACCAACACUGUCUUCAUUGACAGAGCCCUCAUCAUUGUUCCAGUCAUGGAUGGAAAAAUUCCCGAUGAAACCACAGCCCUCCAGAUUGCACCCUCUGCCAUUGCAGGCAUGAUACCUGGGACCCCUAGCUGGCCUAGCAAUGUCAUAAGUCAGAUGACUGGGACAGGUCUUACACAGAUGAUCACUACUCACGACCCUAAACUGACUGCGCUGGGUCUUCUCCAAUAUCCUCCACUACCAGGGAACACAGAUCCAGCUAAAAUAGAGGAGAUAAGGCGCACAGUGUAUGUGGGAAAUCUGGCCAAAAAUGUGACUACGGAGCAGCUGCUAAGUUUCUUUUCCCAAGUUGGAGAGGUGAAAUAUGUCCGAAUGGCAGGGGAUGAGAAACAGCCUACAAAAAAUGCAUAUAUAGAGUUCACAGACCAGCGCUCCAUCUCCACAGCCCUGACUUACAAUGGGGUCAUGUUCCAAACCUUGCCCAUCAGUGUAACUCAUGCCACAGCCUGCAUUAUUAAACCAAUAUCCAAGACGCAGGAAGCUGCCCAGAGAGAGAUAGAGGAAGCCAUGAAGAAAGUGAAGGAAGCUCAGUCGUUAAUCACAGCAGCUGUCGAUGAGCCAGGUGACAGAAGUCGUUCUAGAUCUCGCUCGAGAUAUCGAAAAAGAUCUCGCUCAAGGUCAAGGAAAAGAAGUCGAUCAAGGAAACGAUCAAGAUCUAGAAAACGGUCAAGGUCACGACGGUCUCGAUCUAGGAAAAGGUCAAGGUCUAGGAAAAGGUCACGAUCAAGAAAGAGAUCUGUCUCACGGUCAAGGAAAAAGAGAUCAAGAUCACGUAAACGAUCCCGAUCCAGGAAACGGUCUCGCUCGAAAUCCAGAGGCCGUAGUCGUAGAUCCAGAUCUAGAUCCAGUGAUCAGAAAGAAGUGAAGAAGAACUUGUCUGUUAUGAGAAGCCCGAAAGAUAGGCCAAACGGCUUUCCUAAAAGAAGCCCAAAGAAAGGGGCAGAUGGCUUUCCAAAAAGGGGGCCGCUGAAGGGCCAAACCAUCUUUCCCAUCAGGAGAAGGUCCAGGACCCCUCCAAGAGCUUACAGCCGUCGAUCAAGAUCAAGAAGUAGAAAAAGAAGCAAAUCUCCAGUGAAGCGUCGUUCGCCCGAGACUCGUAAGAAGUCGCGCUCCAAGUCACUCUCACCACCCCGACUGGAGAGAGAAGAUUCCAGCGUGAAUGUGGACGAACCGGAGAGAAACGGCUCUGAAUCCAGUCCACCCUCCAUCUGUGAGAAAUCAUUAGCAGAAAGUGUCACUGAUGCUGUUGGAGAUUCUGUUAAACCAGAGAAAAGGUCACCAAGUGAAGCAAGGAGCAGGUCAAGAAGCCCCAAGAAGUCGGAGAGCCCAAGGCGAAAACCGUCUCCGAGUCCCAAACGUCAGUUGGAAACUCCCAGGAGGAGCCCUGCACGGCGUUCUACCAGGAGCCCGAAACGACGGUCAAAGAGUCCAAAGCGGCGCUCUCGAACCCCCAAACGUAGAUCACGUACACCGAAGAGGCACUCCAGGAGCCCUAGUAGGAGGAUUGGUCGGAGUAGUAGAAAGUCACGCAGCCGAAGCAGAGGACGAAAAGCAAGCAAGCGAUCCCGACACAGUCGUAGCAGAUCCAGAAAGCGCUCCAAAUCCAGGAGUCCAUCAAAACACAGGUCCAAGAAAGAAAAACGCCGAGACAGGAGUCGUGACAAGGAUGAGAAAAAGAAGAAGCACAGAGACAGGGACCGCGAGGAGAAAUCCUCAAAAGAAACCAAAGUGGUUCGCAAUUACGAUGAGGAGGAGAAGCAGAUUGAGGAGGACCUCAGCAGUGGUGAUGAUGACGACCGUCCAUCUGGCCCUCCCCGCCCUGCAGAUGAUACAAACCUCCAGAGUGUUGAUAUGGACAUGAGUGAUUAACUGUUGAUGAUCAGUCUUCAUUGGCAUAUAAAAGAGGCCUUUUUUCUCUUAAAUGAGACAUUUUGUUAAAGGCAAAUUUGAAUGAGGUGUAAAUGGACUUGCAUUGAAAUUUUGCGUUGUCUGUGACAUAUUUUUUCCUUAUUGGAGCUGUGUAUGUGGUUAUGCUUUUCUUCUUUUUUAUGCAUUGUAUUAUAUGAAUAUACAUUUAGGAUAUUAAAGUAAAGAUUUUUUGUAUAUUAUAUUGUACAACUUUCAUUAACGGUUAAGUAUCAGUUUGCAACAAACUAUCAAUAAGACAAAAACUUAAGUGAUUUUCUUGUUUUAAUACUUUAUAGCUUAAAUCAGUUGAAGAGAAGGAUAGAUGUACAGACUGAAUUGUACACAAUAAACUGUAAACUUUGGA